UUAUAAACCUGUCGUAGAGUGAUUUUCGAGUGUUACUUUAUUCGGACGGACUUGAAAAUAAUUUUUCGCUUAAAGUAAAAUAAUUAGAUAAGCACAAUAAAUUAGAAAUGUCUUUCACUGAUUUUAAUCAGACAUGCAAGGAGUCUAACUGGUCGGUAGAGUUGCCAAUUUAUCCGUCUUCACCUGAGAGCAUAAGGACGAGCGAGUCGGAAGAAUGGAAUUACAACCAACAAUUUAAUCGUGAUGAUUCACCUCUUUUUGAUGCUAAAAAAACAACUGAUGCUGUUGAUGCGAAUAAUAUUUUUAAAACAGCCAUUUCUAAUUCCAAAUUAUUGAAUCGACAAUCACUUGAGCAUCAACUAUUAAAAAAGCCUUUCGUCAACAAUGACAUAAACGAUUUACCCACCGAAGAGCUUCAGCAACAACAAGAUCAUUGUCUCAGAAAUAAAUCAUCUUUACGGAAAGUGAAGCGAGCUAUGACAAAAAAAGAGAAUAAAACAAGACGAACACGAACUAAAUUGACCGACAAACAACAUAGUGAGCUGGAAAAAUUUUUCCGUCAAAGUAAUUACAUGUGCUAUGCAGAAAGAUUUGACAUCGCAUCUAAAUUAGGCAUCAGCGAAAAAACGGUGAAUGCGUGGUUUAACCGUCGUCGAGUAAAGUUGAGGAAAACUAUCUCAAAUGAAGUAGAUACCAAGGACAAAAAAAAUUUUAACCCUCCGAAAAAUGAAAGAAAUCAGUUCAUGAUUGCCGCAGAAGACAUCAAUUGUCGAAGAAUUAACGCGUCCAGAUUAGAUGCGACUAUACAUUACUAUCCGUCACCACUAAAUCAAGAUAUGGGUAUCAAAAACGACAUUACAAACAAUUUUACAAAUGGUAACUACCAAACAGCAUACAGCGGAAGUAUGCAAAAUGGUAACAUUUUCAACAAAUCUUCUGACGUUAAAAUGUACAACGACAACAAUAAUUAUCAUUAUCUAUCUUGCAGUGGGUCCAAUAAUAAUAAUCAUAAUGAUAAUAAUAAUAAUAGUAAUAAUAAUAAUAAUAAUAAUAAUAAUAAUAAUAAUAAUAAUAAUAACAUUUUCAACAAAUCUUCUGUCGUCGAAAUGUACAACGACAACAAUAAUUAUCAUUAUCUAUCUCGCAGUGGGUCCAAUAAUAAUAAUCAUAAUGAUAAUAAUGAUAUUAAUAAUAAUAGUCAUAAUAAUAAUAAUAAUAAUAAUAAUAAUAAUAAUAAUAAUAAUAAUAAUAAUAAUAAUAAUAAUGAUAAUAAUAAUAAUAAUAAUAAUAAUAACAUAUUCAACAAAUCUUCUGUCGCCGAAAUGUACAACGACAACAAUAAUUAUCAUUAUCUAUCUCGCAGUGGGUCCAAUAAUAAUAAUCAUAAUGAUAAUAAUAAUAAUAGUCAUAAUAAUAAUAAUAAUAAUAAUAAUAAUAAUAACAUUUUCAACAAAUCUUCUGUCGUCGAAAUGUACAACGACAACAAUAAUUAUCAUUAUCUAUCUCUCAAAACUUAUAGUGUUAGUUAA